CUCUCGUCCAAGCUUUGGAGACAAGAUAUGGCCAGCAGCAUUUGCAACGGGUAUUCCAAAGCCAGUUAAAGGUUCGUAGUCAGAAACAUAAUCAGAAUCUACAGGAAUUCGAGGCUGAUAUAAGAAGGUUGAUUCAUCUGGCCUAGCUACAGGUGCCGAAAGAUUUCCAAGAUUAACUCGGAAUACAAGCAUUCAUUGAUGAACUACAAGAUGUGGAAAUGCAGUCCUUCGUAUACAACAUCACAAGACGCUGAAGGAGAAACUGAUUGCAGCCCAGGAAUAUGAAGCGGUAAAACUUCUAUCCAGAUCUUCUCGCGCAAAAGUGGGGGAAAUUAAAUGCCAGGAAAGCGAGGAGGCCAAUACUAAUGCUAUUCCCCAAAUCUUAAAUAUCCUAAGAAAUAUGCCACGAAACAUCCAAAAUGGAAGCAGGAGAUGCUUCAAUUGCGGAAGAAUCGGACACCUUCAAAGAACCUGUAGAAGCACGGCUCAUUCUAUAAAUCGAGAAUCAGCGAAUGAGACCGGAAAAUCAUAUAGAUUAAUCUUUCCAAGCCCAUCAUCAAGACCAACAGGAAUUAAUUACAGCAACUAUGCGUCCCGAAGAAACCAAUCACCUAACCGAGCCGGCUUUCUUACAAUAACCAGAAAGUGGAGCAUCGAGGAGGUCUCCACAGCAACGCAGACAUUCUCUUCGGACAACCCCGUUUAGAGGAACAAUGCUGGUAUGGUAAAAGGCUCAAAGAACGAGAAGAACCGGUUGAUAAAGUUACUCUUAGGGCCACCACUAUCAAGCCAGAGGGCGACGAAGAAGAAAUCACCCUUGAAAGUCUUGAGACAGGGACAGAAGAAAGACAAUGACUUAAAGGUUGUCCGAGAAUGGCUCAAGAAUAAAGUCACACCUACUUGGCAAGAGAUAGCCAAAUACAGUAGAACUAUAAAAGGCUACUGGACCCAGUGGGAUUCCUUGUAUCUUCACGAUGGCCUAUUGUACCGGAAGUGGGAAAGCCCAGAUGGAGUACAUGUAGUCCGCCAAGUGAUACUGCUGAGGUCACAGGUGAGAAAAGUAUUGGAAGAGCUUCAUAGCAGCCGUUCAGGAGGACACUUUGAUACUAAAAGGACACUGGCACGAGUUCGGGAAAGAUUUUAUUGGGUCAAUUGCCGACGGGGUGUAGCGGAUUUGUGUAAAAAAUAUUAUGUAUGCAAUGGCAGGACAAAGGUCUAUGGAUUCGCUCGGGAACAACUGAAAGCCCACACCGAUAAAGCAGAAGCU